UUUGUUUAUAUUUGCAUUCUUCUGAAAGCAAAACCGGCAAACGUUCGGUGAGAAAAUUCACUUUAUAAUUAUGAUUUGCUUAAGUUAAUAAAGUCUCAUAGUUUUACGUUAAGAUGCUGUUUGAUUUCGGCACAAAAGAUGCAAAUUUUUUCAAAGUUAAUACCAUUCUACAAAUUCUUAACUCGAAGCGCCUUUUGGUUGAUCAUGUAGAAAUAUUAGAGGAAUGUUUAGAAAGUUAUGAAUACAAUACAAAAGUUGCAAACGCACACCGCACAGAAACCACAUUCAUUUGGCUUAGUGCGGUAUCAGGGGCUGCUGUUUGGCUUUCCAGCAUAAACCGUUCUAAGUGGACUUUCUCUCUUCUGGGACUUACUGUGGCCUGCGGAAGUGCUUGUUUUUACAAUUGGAUCAAAACAUGGCAUUACAAUCGACAGCAUCGAAUGGUUACAGAACUAAUUGAAUCACUUAAUAAUUUUGAGGCAGCAAUCAGAAAAAAUAUUCUUUUUCUGCAUGAAAGCCAAUAUAUCAACACCCCUCAGGUUGCAGAAGACAAAGUCUACGCGGGAGAGGUGUUUCGGUGUUUGAAGGAAAUCAUCAAAUCUAUUCACACUGCCCUGAAAGCUUUGGAAAAUUGUUGGCAGCUUGAUGAUAAGUUCAGUCACUUAUACGUGCCAAUGGAAGAACUAGAGGACUGUGACUUGUUUGAUGCAAAUACCGAUAUGAGUCAACUAAAUCUGAGAACCAUUAAGGAUAUUUACAACGUUUUCGCUUAUGUGCAAUCUCAAUACCUGACUCGGUUGGGCCUUAGUAUUGCAAGUGGUGCUUCCAAUUUAUUCAUAUGCAAUUUGCCACAACUUACGUGCAUUAUUUCGAAGACAACAAAUGACUGCCUCAGACAGUUGAGCAUCAUUGUCGAGAACGGUCGGCAACGGGUAGCACGAGUGCGUUCUUGUAGGAAAAAGUUGCCUCCUGAAGUGUCCAAUUUGAGGACAUUGUCGCUGGAGGUUUUUGCUAAGCUACUCAAUGUUGUCCACCAGUUUAGCACGAUGGAUCAGACACUGGAAGAUAGUUUGAACCGCUGUGAUCAGCAGAUUCUGGUGACGUCCCUUGAAACUUUGGAAAAUCCUUUGGAAUGCAUCGCAAACGAUAUUGUAGGAUCCAGUGAGGAAUGUCAGCGUUUACUUGUUACAGUGAGGAAACUGAUAAACAAGGAAGAUUGUGUACAGGGGAACUUAGACUCGUUGAGCCAACCGGAAGCAACAUCAGAAUAUAAAGAGGGCGAAGAUAAAGUUUAUUCCGAGCAGGAUAAACCAGUACUGAGAGAUGAGUUUUUUGCUGUCGAUGGUACCGAGCCAAAUCUGUGUGAGGGUAGGCGUGAAUCGAUUGGUUUCCUAGAUGAUCUGGAAGGAAUUAACGCAAAGAUUGUUAAGAGGCACUUCAAACCGGUACUGAAACAGCUUCGUGAACGGAUAAAACCUAUCGGGGCGGACUUUAGAGAGCGCGAAAAGCGAGUUUUACUAGACAAAGGUAUUGAUUUGAACAGAUUGGAUGAAGAAAUGGAGGAAAUUGCUGCAACAAGAAACCUGGCUGACGGUAGUGAUUCGGAGGAUGAGGGAGAGGAAGCCAGAAGGUCUAGGAAAAAUGAACAACGGUAUGAUGAUAUGCGUGGUUUCCUUGCCGCUAAAGAACAGAUGAGUUUGUUUGCACUGAGACCGAUGAGUAGCAUCGUUAACGAGGAUGUUUUGGAAUAAUCGCUUGGAGUUUACCAGGUUUGCAAUGUUUACGAUAUCGACGCAACAGAUCAACUGAAAUAAAAAAAACUCAUACUAUUUUAUUAGUUUAGAAGUGUGCCGGGCGGCACCAUCAUUACGAAGUCGCACAUGCUUCUCGGUUUUGCGGACGAUAUGGACAUCAUUGGUAUCAACCGUAGAGCUGUGGAAGAGGCCUUCGGACCUCUCAGGCGAGAAGCUGCGAGAUUAGGGCUUGUCAUAAACUCUGCCUAAACGAAAUACAUGGUGGCUGGCAGAGUGCGUGGUAGUCCGUCGGAGGUUGGUGCUGCGGUGGUGCUAGAUGGGGAAACAUUUGAAGUAGUCGACGAAUUUAUUUACCUGGGAACAUUAGUGACAUGUGACAACGAGGUUAGCCGUGAGAUAAAGGGGCGGAUAGCAGCCGCAAACAGGGCCUUUUACGGACUACGUAACCAGCUAAGGUCCCGCAGUCUGCAAAUCCGUACUAAACUUGCACUCUAUUAAACACUGAUUCUUCCGGUGGCUCUCUACGGCCAUGAAUCAUGGACGCUGAAAGAGGCUGAUCGGCGAGCUCUUGGUGUUUUUGAGCGUAGGAUUUUGCGUUCAAUCCUUGGCGGCAAACUAGAAAAUGGUGUUUGGCGCAGACGCAUGAACAAUGAAGUGUACCAGGCAUACAAGGCUAUAUUUAGCAGGAAUCCCGAUAGAGGUCGUCGACUUCGGGGUAGACCCCGCACUCGUUGGAUGUGUGAGGAUGCACGCGAAAUAGGUGUUAGGGGCGAUUGGAGGAUAGCAGCCCAAGACCGAGGGACAUUGCGACGUAUUCUGGAUUCGGCACUGGAUCGACAAUCGGUCUGUCGCCUUAAAAGUAAGUAAAGUAAAGUAAAGUAAGAAGUGUGCUGGGUAUCUAAACGAUCA